AUGUCCUCUUAUUACAUUUUCAGCUCGCAUAUCCAACUUCUACAGCAUCUGGCGUAUCCCCCAAUAUUACAUAAUCUCUAUGUCCCCUCAUUCAUCGGAUGCUGGCUUGCAAAGAGAUCUCUAGAAAAAGUGCUGAAUGAAUUACAUCGGACGUGCCGGCGUUUCCAGACCAUCUCAGUUACUUUGUCCCAACAGUGCCUGGUGCUCAUAGCAACCUUAUGCUGUUUGAUAUUCACAACUGUCUGUGGUAUAGAGCACAUCCAGCGGGCCAGUGCGCAGCAGAAGCUCACGUUGUUUCAAUCGAUCUACUUCACAAUCGUGACAUUCUCGACGGUGGGCUAUGGUGACAUUUUGCCCGACAUCUGGCCAUCGCAACUCUUCACAAUCGCCAUGAUCAGUGUGGCAGUUGCUUUUAUUCCCAUGCAGAUCCAGACGAUAGUCUCUACGAUUGUUGAGCGCACGAAGAUGGGCAGUGAGUACUCGGAGCGUCGUGCAGCGGGCAACAAGCACGUGGUGGUUGUGUCUCGCACCCUGCAGACGGAAACCGUCAUGGACUUUCUGUCGGAGUUCUAUGCUCACCGAAAACUGGAAGAGCAAGUGGUUGUACUGAUGGCGGCGGAUGAACUUGACAGAAAUAUGCAGGUGAUCCUCAAGAAUCCCAAUUGGUCCCAGCGUGUAGUAUAUAUGCGCGGAUCCGUGCUCCAGGUAACGGACCUAAAACGCUGCCGCAUUGCCCAGGCCGAGGCGUGCUUUAUACUGGCGCCGAGACACAUGGAAAACAGAGGAAUUGCUGACCAGCACACUAUUAUGCGCUCCUGGGCUGUAAAGGACUUUGCCCCUAAUUGCAAGCAGUACAUUCAGCUGUUCAAGCCAGAGAACAAGAUACAUGUUAAGUUUGCAGAGCAUGUUAUUUGUGAAGAUGAAUUCAAGUACGCCUUGCUGGCCAACAACUGUCUCUACCCUGGGUUGUCUACCCUCGUCUCAAUGAUUGUGCACACCUCUGGAGACCUGUGA